UUUGACGUGCGCGCGCGGCUCCUCCCUCCCCUCUCGCAGAGCAGCAGCAAAGUAACUCUGGAGUUACUGGGAGCAGCCGCUGCCGAGCGUGGAAGCGCCGGGCUGGUGCUGCCCUCGGGGUGGUUCGGGGGCGGGCCCGAGGGCCGCGAAGGAGGAGGCGGUGGCGGCUGCAGCUGGGUGGGGGGUUCCCGGCGAGCCCUGCCUGCGGAACGUGCCGCUCGGGGCCAGCCCGCCUCUCUUCCCCAAACUUCUCCAAACUCGCCAUGGAGCCGAGAGCCGGAGCCGCCGCCUGGCUGCCGCUGUUCGUCCUGCUGGCCGGCCCCUCACCGGCCCAGCUCGGAACAGCCCGAGCCCAAUUCGCGGCAGGGGGAUGCACUUUUGAUGAUGGCCUGGGGCCCUGUGAUUACCAUCAAGACCUAUAUGACGACUUUGAUUGGGUGCAUGUCAGUGCUCAAGAGCCUCACUAUUUGCCACCUGAGAUGCCUCAAGGAUCAUGCAUGAUAGUGGAUUCCUCAGACCAUGAUCCUGGAGAAAAGGCUCGACUUCAACUUCCUACGAUGAAGGAAAAUGACACUCACUGCAUUGAUUUCAGUUACCUUUUAUAUAGCAAGAGUGGAGCGAACCCUGGAACCUUGAACAUUUUAGUUAGGGUGAACAAGGGACCUCUUGCUAAUCCCAUUUGGAAUGUGACAGGCUCUACUGGCAGAGACUGGCUCCGAGCUGAGCUGGCUGUCAGCACCUUCUGGCCAAAUGAAUAUCAGGUAAUAUUUGAAGCUGAAGUCUCAGAUGGGAGAAAUGGCUACAUUGCCAUUGAUGAUAUCCAGGUUCUGAGUUACCCUUGUGAUAAAUCUCCACAUUUCCUGAGGCUGGGGGAUGUAGAGGUCAAUGCAGGGCAGAAUGCUACAUUUCAAUGCAUUGCUACCGGGAGGGAUGCAGUGAAUAACAAGUUAUGGCUGCAGCGACGGAAUGGAGAAGAUAUUCCAGUCGCCCAAACUAAAAAUAUCAAUCACAGAAGAUUUGCUGCUACCUUCAAGUUGCAAGAGGUGACAAAAACUGAUCAGGAUUUAUAUCGCUGUGUAACUCAGUCAGAGAGAGGCUCUGGAGUGUCCAAUUUUGCUCAACUUAUUGUGAGAGAACCACCUCGACCAAUAGCACCCCCCCAAUUACUUGGUGUUGGGCCUACAUAUUUGCUGAUUCAGCUGAAUGCUAAUUCCAUAAUUGGUGAUGGGCCUAUAAUUCUGAAAGAAGUGGAGUACCGGAUGACAUCUGGGACCUGGACAGAAACCCAUGCUGUAAAUGCACCAACUUAUAAGCUAUGGCACUUAGACCCAGACACUGAGUAUGAGAUUCGUGUCCUCCUUACCAGGCCAGGAGAAGGAGGAACUGGCCAGCCAGGACCACCGCUUAUCACCAGAACCAAAUGUGCAGAGCCCAUGAGAACACCAAAAACUCUGAAGAUUGCUGAGAUUCAGGCCAGACACAUUGCAGUGGAUUGGGAGUCUCUGGGUUACAAUAUUACUCGAUGUCACACUUUCAAUGUAACUAUUUGCUACCACUACUUCCGUGGUCACAAUGAGAACAAAGCAGACUGCUUGGAUAUGGACCCCAAAGCACCCCAGCAUGUGGUGGAUCAUCUGCCUCCUUACACAAAUGUCAGCCUCAAAAUGAUCCUAACUAAUCCUGAAGGGAGAAAGGAGAGUGAGGAGACCAUUAUUCAAACAGAUGAAGAUGUGCCUGGCCCUGUACCUGUAAAAUCACUAAAAGGGACCCCAUUUGAAGACAAGAUCUUCCUGAACUGGAAAGAACCUUUGGAUCCAAAUGGCAUCAUUACGCAGUAUGAGGUCAGCUAUAGCAGUAUAAGGUCAUUUGAUCCUGCUGUCCUAGUGGCAGGACCCCCACAGACUGUAUCAAAGGUCUGGAACAGUACGCACCAUGUGUUUUCACAUCUGCACCCUGGUACUACCUACCAAUUCUUUAUACGUGCCAGCACAGUCAAAGGGUUUGGACCAGCGACAGCAAUCAAUGUAACAACCAACAUCUCAGCUCCUACUUUACCGGACUAUGAAGGAGUUGAUGCAUCUCUCAAUGAAACUGCCACUACCAUAACUGUACUGUUGAGACCAGCUCAAGCCAAAGGUGCUCCUAUCAGUGCUUACCAGAUUGUUGUUGAGGAGCUGCAUCCACACCGAACAAAACGAGAAACAGGCACAAUGGAGUGCUACCAAGUCCCAGUCACAUACCAAAAUGCUCUAAGCGGAAGCUCACCAUAUUACUUUGCUGCUGAAUUGCCCCCUGGUAACCUUCCUGAACCAGCCCCAUUCACUGUCGGUGACAAUAGAACAUACCAGGGCUUUUGGAACCCACCGCUGGCUCCUCGGAAAGGCUACAAUAUCUAUUUCCAAGCCAUGAGCAGUGUUGAGAAAGAAACUAAAACUCAGUGUGUUCGAAUAGCUACAAAAGCAGCAGCAACAGAAGAACCAGAGGUGAUUCCAGACCCAGCCAAGCAGACAGAUCGAGUGGUGAAAAUAGCAGGAAUAAGUGCUGGAAUUCUGGUAUUCAUCCUCCUUCUCCUAGUUGUCAUAUUAAUUGUCAAAAAAAGAUAUAUAACUUGGAGAAGAAACGUCUGCAUUAGAAACAUUAGGAGGAGCUACUAUUCUUACUCCUACUAUCUGCUGGGCAGCAAACUUGCUAAGAAACGCAAGGACGCCAUGGGGAACACCAGACAAGAAAUGACACACAUGGUGAAUGCGAUGGAUAGGAGUUACGCUGAUCAGAGCACCCUUCAUGCAGAGGAUCCCCUCUCAAUCACAUUUAUGGACUCUCAUAACUUCAGCCCCAGAUUGCCCAAUGAUCCACUUGUGCCGACUGCUGUGUUAGUGCCUAUUACUGAUGAGAAUCACAGUGCGACAGCCGAGUCCAGUCGCCUGCUGGAUGUCCCUCGCUACCUUUGUGAAGGAACAGAGUCCCCUUACCAGACUGGACAGCUGCAUCCGGCCAUCAGAGUAGCUGAUUUGCUGCAACAUAUUAACCUCAUGAAGACAUCUGAUAGCUAUGGUUUUAAAGAGGAAUAUGAGAGUUUCUUUGAGGGACAGUCAGCAUCUUGGGAUGUCGCUAAAAAGGAUCAAAACAGAACAAAGAACCGAUAUGGAAACAUUAUAGCAUAUGACCACUCCAGAGUGAUUUUGCAACCUGUUGAGGAUGAUCCUUCUUCAGAUUACAUUAAUGCAAACUAUAUAGAUAUUUGGCUGUACAGGGAUGGCUAUCAAAGACCAAGUCACUACAUUGCAACCCAAGGUCCAGUCCAUGAAACAGUGUACGAUUUUUGGAGAAUGAUAUGGCAGGAACAGUCAGCUUGUGUUGUGAUGGUUACAAAUUUAGUUGAAGUUGGACGGGUCAAGUGCUAUAAGUACUGGCCUGAUGACACUGAAGUUUAUGGGGACUUCAAAGUGACUUGUGUGGAAAUGGAGCCACUUGCGGAGUACGUAGUAAGGACAUUCACCCUUGAAAGGAGAGGUUACAAUGAAAUCCGUGAACUUAAACAGUUCCAUUUCACAGGCUGGCCAGAUCAUGGAGUUCCUUACAAUGCCACAGGCCUCCUUUCAUUUAUACGUCGAGUCAAAUUGUCUAACCCUCCUAGUGCCGGGCCUAUUGUUGUACAUUGCAGGUGUGUAGAGAAGAGUGCUGGUGCUGGACGAACUGGCUGUUACAUUGUGAUUGACAUCAUGCUAGACAUGGCAGAAAGAGAAGGUGUUGUGGACAUCUACAAUUGUGUCAAAGCCUUACGGUCACGUCGCAUCAACAUGGUACAAACAGAGGAGCAGUACAUCUUUAUUCAUGAUGCCAUUCUGGAAGCUUGCUUAUGUGGAGAAACUGCCAUCCCUGUCUGUGAAUUCAAAGCUGCAUAUUUUGAUAUGAUUAGAAUAGACUCUCAGACAAACUCUUCACAUCUCAAAGAUGAAUUUCAGACCCUGAAUUCUGUGACCCCUCGGCUGCAAGCUGAAGAUUGCAGCAUAGCCUGCUUGCCAAGGAAUCAUGACAAGAAUCGCUUCAUGGAUAUGCUGCCACCUGACAGAUGUCUGCCUUUCUUAAUUACUAUUGAUGGGGAGAGCAGCAACUAUAUCAAUGCUGCUCUUAUGGAUAGCUACAGGCAACCAGCUGCUUUCAUUGUCACACAACAUCCUUUGCCAAACACUGUGAAAGAUUUCUGGAGAUUAGUGUAUGACUAUGGCUGUACCUCUCUUGUAAUGUUAAAUGAAGUUGAUUUAGCACAGGGCUGUCCACAGUAUUGGCCUGAAGAAGGAAUGCUGAGAUAUGGUCCUAUUCAAGUGGAAUGCAUGUCUUGUUCAAUGGAUUGUGAUGUAAUAAACAGAAUUUUCAGGAUAUGCAAUCUAACAAGACCACAGGAAGGCUAUCUGAUGGUGCAGCAAUUCCAGUAUUUGGGAUGGACUUCUCACAGAGACAUUCCAGGCUCCAAGAGAUCAUUUUUGAAGUUAAUUCUUCAAGUUGAAAAAUGGCAAGAGGAAUGUGAAGAAGGGGAAGGCCGAACUAUCAUUCACUGUCUGAAUGGUGGUGGUCGGAGUGGAAUGUUCUGUGCUAUAGGCAUAGUGGUUGAAAUGGUCAAAAGACAAAAUGUGGUUGAUGUUUUCCACGCAGUAAAGACGUUACGGAAUAGUAAGCCAAACAUGGUAGAAACCCCGGAGCAAUAUCGUUUCUGCUAUGAUGUCGCUUUGGAGUACCUUGAAUCAUCUUAGUUGGAAUGGAUGUGACAAAGUGAACCAAGUAUAUGAAGCUCAGUAAACUGUUUUGAUAGCAGUUGUUCAACCUGUGAAGAGAGAUUUUAGUGAGGGGGACUUUUAAAAUUUAAAUGCAAAAGUAUUUUUCUUAUGAAGUUGUGGAUCUUAAUAAAAGAACUCAGUCUGUUUCUAUGCCUGUAUACAGUAUCAACAUUUAAUGUCACAUAAAUAAAUUUAAUGAAAUCCAGAGUCAGAAGAAAUUUGCUCAAAUUAGGACUUUUCAGUGUUUGUAUAUACAGCCGUCUCUCAAAUACAGUAGAGCCACCAUCUGUUGCAUGUAUCAAUAUUUCCUAUAUGGUAUUAUUUUUCCUUUUCCUUUUUCUUUUGAUAAAUUGUUAAAGUAAAACAAAACUGUGCAGAUUGAUAGUAAAAUUCAUUCUUUAUACGUUUCAAGUGUUGCAACUCUAUAUAACUGGCUUAUUUUGUUUUAAUGUGCAAUGAUGGCUGGAUCACAUAAAGUUCUUUAUAGAGAAACUUCAACAUAAGCCAAAGACUCAAGUGUAAAUAUGUCUAUAUGGAGAAAGCACAUUGUAUUUAUUGUUUACUUGCAUUCCUUUUUUGAUGGCUGAAAAAACAAUCAUUUUUCUUGAAGAAAGCUUUUUUUGCUGAAAUCAAGUGUAAACGAUUUUUGUAGUUUAUUUUUUGUAUGUUGUAGUGUAAGUAGAAGACAUACUUUUUAUGCAUAGAUGAGGAAACAUUGGUAUAGUGAUUUUGUUGUGUACAUGCUUGUGAAUUAAAUCCAUGUAAACAACUCGGUUAUAGAAGGUCUUUAACUACAGGACCAAAAUCAAAACAUUUUGCUGAAAAUGUAUAGUUUUUCACAGUUGCAUUAGUUAAAUAUUGAUCGAAGGAAUAUAUAAGGAAACCGCACACAUUAAAAUGGCCUUGCUUAUGACUUGCACAAUGUUGGAAGUAGUUUCUAAGCACCGUUACAAUUUAUGGGGAACAAAUUAUUCAACAAUGCUUGAAGCACAGGUCAAGAGAAGAGGACAACAUGUAACUUUUCAGAGUAAGAAGUGUUUAUUUAGCAAAUUGUAAAAUUAAAUGAUGUUUAUUUUGAUGUUUACAGACAUGUAAGCUUUGGCCUCUGACAAAGCAAAAUUUGAAUAAAUCAAUGCCAGAUUCUGGUUAUGGUCUUGGUGUACAAAACAGCCAUGUGUUUUUACUUAGUUCUUCAUCCACAGUUAACAAAUCUUGACAUAUUUUGCUAGCUAAUAUCAUUCCAGUCCCCUGUUGUUUUUGGAAUUGACAGAAAAUGACAAGGUGCUUAUAAAUACUAAUGUAAAGUAAGAGUGAAUUAAACAACUUUUAUAAAAA